GAAGGAGCUGGCUCCUCUGUCUGUUUUUAGCAUGAGGAUCAUAGACUGUUUUUAAAAUGAAGACCCAUGAACCUGUGUCAGUGCCUCGUAACACUGGUCACUUGACUGAAGCGUCUCACUCCUGACAAACCAGUGGAAGUCACUGACCUGUGAGCGGCAGCUGCAGGUAGCACAGCUCCUGGGGACUGUAGGAAGUGGAAGCUAAGCUAACCAUGCUAAUUGAGCAUUGACUGACAGGAGGAGACAGGAAGGACAAACCGUAUCCGCAGGAUCUCCAGUUCAUUGUCCCGAGUCACGUGUCGUCUCUGUAUGUGGACAGAGUGAAGGAGCAUCUCAGGACACAGGCAUUAAAGUUAAUUAAAUCAGGAUUAACACGUGAGUUUCAGGGCUCAUUUCUGCCUCAGACACGCCGGCACCUACGAACUCUCACACUUCAGCAUGGUGAAGACAGCAAAGAUGGAGCUGCUGAGAGCGCUCAUCACUGAGUGUUUGUCAGCAGCUGCAGAGGAGAUCUUCAAGAUCGCAGAAAGAACCAUCGUAACGUAUGAAGAGGAAAUGUCCUGUUCAAAGUGGGUGGUGGGCGACCACUGCAGACUGCUGGAUGUUGCCAAGUCACAUAGCAAAGACUACCUCCAGAUGUCUGCCACUGAUGUGAAGCUGCAGUGUGCCCCGGAGCAGCCUCCUGCCAGUAUCACUGUGAGGUGGGAGGAACCAGUAGACACCUGGUCAGAGCCAACAGAGAACUACACACAUCCACACACUUCUCCUGAUGAUGAAAAAGAUCAAUGUGAUCCGGAGAUUCUGAUCGAUAUUGAUGAAGAUGAAGAUAUAAAGCAGGAGUGUGACCCGGACAUGCAUUUGAAGAAACUUUUUAAAUGUCCCAUUUGCUUCAGUUGUUUUUCUUCCAAAAAGACGAUGGUACGACACGUCAAGAAGCAUCCAGAGGACAAAUCCUCGUCUUACCAGUGCCAGUUCUGUGACCGCUACUUCUGCCACAAGUCUGAAUUCAUCAUUCACACCAUGAUACAUGAAGGCUCCAAACCUUACAAGUGCCAGUACUGUGACAAAAGUUUUGAGCACAGGGACGGUCUGUUGAUUCACAGACAGAAACACAGUGAAGAUAAACCAUGCCAAUGUUUGAAUGUAAAGGUGGAAGCAGAAACUCAGCUCAACUCCAGGACAGCUUUGAGUAAGAUGGAGGAAAAGCCAGAGCUGAGACGUGGUGAAUCAAACAUGAAGACAUUCCCACUAACUAUCACUCCCUAUGACAAAAGUGAGUUUGAGCAGGAAUCUCUGCAGCCGCUGUGUCUGUAUCAAAUCCAGACUGUUGCUGACAUAGAUAAAGAAAUCUCAGCUGCACUCCCAUUGGAUCACAUUAAAACCGAGCCAACUGGAGCUCAUGAUGGACUAUCAGGCACCAACACUGAUAAUCAGCCGCUCCUUUCGGUGAACCCCGGUGAGCACAGGGAUGUUGGGACAGAGCCCAACCAUCUCAGGAUAAAGCAUUCCCCGCCCAGGAGACUUACAGGAAAAUCUACAGAGCUCAUGAUGCAGUUUGAAGCAGGAACAGCACAGAAACCCUACAAGUGUCCUUGUUGCACCAAGUGUUUCUCCUUGACAAAGACUUUAAUAAGACACGUAAGGAUCCACACAGAGGAAAAACCUUAUCAGUGCCAAUUUUGUGGGCGAAACUUCUGUCAGAAGUCCGAUCUUGUCAACCACACAAGGAUACACACAGGGGAGCGACCCUAUCGGUGCCAUGAAUGUAACAAAUCCUUUGCUCAGAAAGGCAACCUGGUGGUCCACAUGAGAAAACAUACAGUGACAGUGCCAAAAGUCCAGCUGUAACUUUAGUCAGAGGUAACCGCAGAGAAGUAUGGAUGUAGCCGGAGAGUUGAAAAGUUUUUUUCAACAACAUCUUUGCAGAAUGUGGCUGGGUAUAAACCUCAAUAUUUUUGUGGAACCACCCAAAAACAAUGAGGGUUAAUCUGGGAUUUAAGAGGCAUUUGUAUUAAAUGACGUUGUGGGGGUUUGGCUUGGGUGUGUUGUUGUCCCCAGACAAUACAGUGCACUGUUUCCUAAGCUGCUUUUAGACGUGCACUGAACUCUGGAGAUCCUCCGGACAUUCUCUGGAGGGGCUGUAUGUGAGAAGGCUAAUGUCCUAGUGAAAGUCUCUGGACGUUCUCCGGCCAGCCCCCAAGUAUAAAGUCUGCAGAAAGUACAGAGGAGCUGAUGAUGUAACACCACGACAGAGUGGGUGUUAGAGGUGUGGACAUUUUUCGAUUUUAGAUGCAUCGGGAUGCGGACGUGAAGACAACUGCAACAAUGCAGAGACAGAACAUAAUCCAUUCAUGUUUUCUGCUCAGUCAUUGUUUUAGUUGUUUUCCACCGCUGCAUAAUUAUAACAGCGCUGCUUCAUGAUCAGGGCAGACACACAGGUCCGGUUGUCCUGCUUCCUCAUCACUCCUCCUCUGACCUGCGCUCACUUUACACUUUAACAUAAAGACCAUCACUGAUCACAAGUUAUUAGGUAACGUACACGACUGACGGUUACACUUGAGAUUGUUUGAUUCUCUAGAGUUUAUGAGAAGCAUGUUUAAACAGGACAUCAGGGUUAAAGUGAGCCGAACGAUCCAGAGCCAUGAUCAAAUUUAUUUAAUUGAAAACCUUACUUUGUAAAUUACAAUACAAUUGUAAUUGCAGUCUGUAAUACUUUUUAAAGUAUUUUCUUAAUAAAAACAGAGUUCAUAUUUGUCUGACUGAUUGUAUGCAGUGGCAGAUGUUUUUUGUUUCCAUUCCAAAAUAUAGCAUGUUAUGAAAUUUGGUGCAGCUUGAUUGAAUAUAAGUAGGAUUAUUGGGCCUUGGAGGAGUUAUAGUGCCAUUGUAGUUCUGUUCUGCAGUUCGGUUUGUAAGUGCUUAAAAAUAGUGGAAAUUACAGCAUCUUCCAUUCCAUAGUUAGCUGCUGUGAAGGAUCCAGUCUUAAUCUCCAGCCACAUAUCAGAUUUGUUUAGUGAUCCACAUUGGUCUAGUGUUGCUCUCACCGAUAGCUACAGUGUUAAGAGAAAAUGUUGACCAAUCAGAGGUUGUGCCUGUGGCUCAGAAGGAGAGCUGUUUGUCCACUAACCAGACCGUAGCUGGUUUGAUCUCCAGCUCCAACAUAACAUUUUGACAAGAUCAAUGUUAUUGUAAGUUGUAAGUACAGCCCAACCUUUCCCAUGAUUCAUUGUGGGAAAUGUUGCUAUGUUGCUAAGCGACGGCUGUAAUGGUGGGACACACUGGUGACACAAUAGGUAGAGUAGACCAGGUCCUCUGCAGGAUGUGUUGUGCCUUGUUUGGCUGCGUUAUGGCGCGACUGUUACGUCACCGGUUGUUUACAGCUUUAGGCUGUACUUUAUUUAUGUCCUUGAAAAACUUCUCAUGCUCAGAUAGUAUUAAGCAACAAACUGCGGUUACUUAAGUGACAAAAAGUAUCUUUAUCUGGUUUCUACAGUCCCUCAACACUGUGACACAUCCUGUGCAAUCAGCCACCAUGAGUCACCAUGAGUCCCUAUGUUUCACCAUGAGUCACCAUGGACAGGUAACCGCAGUGUGAUCACUGACAGUGGAGUCCAGGUUCGACUAGAAGGGAUCUCUCUGAGAUCUCUACAUGUUGAGGGGGAGAAUCUGUUUGCCAAAACAAAACAAACUGCUCCAGUGUGUCAACAUCAAAAACAUGAUGUGUUGCAAAGUGGUAGAGGACGGAUGUAUUCAGUUUUUAUUGUAAUUGAAAAUGUUUAUUUAAUAUUUAGGUUUUUUAAUUGAAUGGUUAUUCGUUUGUUUUUAUAAUUUUAUUGUGCGAUAUGUGUUUCUACAUCAACUAUUAAAAUUUACAUCUGUUCAGUUUAUU